AUGAGGCGGCCGACGCGGCGGCUGGCGCUGUCUCUGCUGGGGGUGCUGUGGCUCGCCGCCCUCCUCCUCUUCUUCUUCGGGGCGCGGUGGAAGUUGGAGGCGGCGGAGCCCGAGGGACACACGCCGGAGGAACCGGACGUGGACUGGGACGACCUUUGGGAUCAGUUUGAAGAGCGGAGGUACCUGAGUGCCCGGAGGUGGAAGGGCGGCGAGGACCCGUACCGGCUGCAUGCCUUUAACCAGCGGGAGAGCGAGAGGAUCCCCAGUGACCGCGCUGUCCGCGACACCCGCCAUCACAGGUGUACGACUUUGCACUACAGCCAGGAUCUCCCGCCCACCAGCGUGAUCAUCACCUUCCACAACGAGGCCAGGUCCACCCUGCUAAGGACAAUUCGGAGCGUGCUGAACCGCACCCCAGUGCACCUCGUCCAUGAAAUCAUACUUGUGGAUGACUUCAGUGAUGACCCUGAUGACUGCCGCUUGCUGGGCCAGCUCCCAAAGGUGAAGUGCUUGCGGAACGGCCGGCGGGAAGGUCUGAUCCGGUCCCGAAUCCGAGGGGCAGAUGUGGCAAAAGCCAAUGUCCUGACCUUCCUGGACAGUCACUGCGAGGUGAAUAAGGACUGGCUGCUCCCUAUGCUGCAGAGGAUCAAAGAGGAUCCCACCCGAGUGGUCAGUCCCGUUAUUGAUAUCAUCAACCUGGACACUUUUGCCUAUGUGGCAGCUUCCUCAGACCUCAGAGGAGGUUUUGACUGGAGUCUGCAUUUCAAAUGGGAGCAGCUUUCCCCGGAGCAGAAAGCCAAACGACUCGAUCCCACCGAGCCCAUUAAGACACCCAUCAUUGCUGGAGGGCUGUUUGUGAUCGACAAGGCCUGGUUCAACCACCUGGGGAAGUACGACAGUGCCAUGGACAUCUGGGGUGGGGAGAACUUUGAAAUCUCUUUCCGUGUGUGGAUGUGUGGGGGGAGCCUGGAAAUCAUCCCCUGCAGCCGUGUUGGGCACGUCUUUCGGAAGAAACAUCCCUACGUCUUUCCAGAGGGAAAUGCCAAUACAUACAUUAAGAACACCAAGCGCACAGCUGAGGUGUGGAUGGACGAGUUCAAGCAGUACUACUACGCCGCCCGGCCCGCAGCCCAGGGGAGGCCUUUUGGGAACAUCCAGAGCAGAGUGGAGCUGCGGAAGAAGUUGAAAUGCCACAGCUUCAAGUGGUACCUGGAAAAUGUUUAUCCUGAACUUCGGAUUCCCAAGGAAUCGCUGUAUCAGACUGGGAUCAUCAGGCAAAGGCAGAGCUGCCUGGAGUCACACAAGUCUGAAGACCAGGAGUUCCCCAUCCUGAGCUUAACUCCUUGUAACAGCAGCAAGGGCACAGUGCCAAAGGCACAGGAAUGGACAUACACAUACAACCACCACGUCCGCCAGCAGCAGCUGUGUUUGUCUGUGUACACCCUCUUCCCUGGUUCCCAGGUGCUGCUGUCACCUUGUAAAGAAGGUGACAACAAGCAGCGCUGGGGCAAAGUUGGCUCACACAUCGAGCACAUAGCUUCACGCUUCUGCUUGGACACUGAGACCAUUGGGGACACCCAUGAGAGCAUCAAAGAGCUCAUCAUCAACCCCUGUGAGAGCACAGCCAUGAGCCAGCGCUGGGACAUGAUGAUGUCUUGACCUGCUGGAGGAUGUGUGCGGCGGGGACGAGCACCGGGAUGUGGCUGAGAUGCACCAGAUGGGGCUCAAAUCCAAACCAUUGUGGGUCCCUGUGUGCUAUGGGACAGGAGGAGAAUCACUUGAAUCAAAAUGGGACAUGGCACUCCAGGUGGAAGAGCGGAUGUUGGCUGCCAGGCAUGCAGCUGGUAUUGGCCUGGUGAUGGUCAAGGAGGAGGGAUGGCAGAAGAACAAGCUUGAAAUGUUUUAGAGGGGGACUGGGGCUCCUGCAAUGGGCUGUACAAAACUUCAUCAUGCACAGCGUUGAUUAUCUCCCUGGCAACGCAGGUAGAUGAGCCUUUAAUGCCCAAAGGAGACUUGGGCUGAGCAGAACAAGCAUCUCAGUAGCUCUUGGGGGCUGAGGUGGGUGCACAGGGUGGGAUGUGCCAAGGAAUGCUAAGAAACAUCACCAGGGAUCAAAUGGAAGACACUGAAUUAUUUUUGCACUUUGCUGUGGACGUUUCUGUCUUCUGCAGGCAGCAUGAGUGGAGCUGUGUUGCACAUCCGAAUUGGUACCUGGUCCACGUCCAUGUUGUGUAUACAGAGGCAGAGCAGUCCUUGAUGGCUGGGCCAGGAUCAGAACAGCGAGUGAUGGGGGAAUCCUGCUCUGUGCUAACUGCACACGGUGCUUGUUGAAUCUCCAAAGCCCAAGCAAACAGAGGAUUCACUGCGUGAGAUUAAAGGAUAUACAUUUCUGUCAAGCUGGGAGGAAGGGCAGUAGCGUGAUUAUUUCUCCUCUCUGAAGGCCAUGGGUCACUGCAAACUCUAAAAUUUUGCUAUGUGUCUCUUACUGCUCUGCUUCAGAUCUGGACUAAUUCAGAUUUUCACUUUUCUUCCAUAAAAGUAAUAUUUUUGGUAAUUGAAGGUAAUUGUGUCAUAUUUCUGUUUAACAAUUUCCCAACUACAGAUUAAGGGACUCCCAUAAAAUACUGCUACUGAUGGAACGGUGAAGGUUUAAUUUUUAAUUAAAAUUAGAGACUGCUCCAAGAAAGGAAAAGGGAUAUUACUUGGGCUUGCUUCCCAGUUACCUUGUAGCCCACAAUGUAAAGUACUGAAAAAAGCAUUUGGGAUUCCCCAUUCACACCGGUGAGCAGGGCAUCCUGGGCCUAUACCUCUCUCUCCAAGUCACUUAGCAUAGCCAGAACCAGGCAGAAAUUAUUUCCUCAGCUUUUGGAGCUGUCUUCUACCAGAGAUCAUGUCAGGUGCUGCCUCUGUGGGGGAGUGAGGUGACUGCCUGAGGGCAGAUGACCUCAGGAGGGGUCUUAGGAAUAGAAGACUGGAAGGUCCUUUCCAGCCAUUCAGGGCAGUGUCACUACAGCCACAGGUAACUUGUAAAGAAGGUGACUUGGCUGUGCAUCACCAAGAACUGUGCACACAGCCCUCGUGUAGUAACAAUUCUCAAAAAGAACUUCCACAGGACUGUUAGUGUGACUUGGAAAAAAAAAAUACAUAAUUUCUGUCCAAAAAUGCUAGGAUUUAGUGAAAAUCCUAUCCUUUGUUUCCUAUGCUGCAAACUACAGGUGAAAUACCAUAAGCUUUAAGCCUCCAAGUGCUCUCAGCAUCCCUUCUUGAAUAAAUUGCUGGCUUUCAG